AUGGGGGAUGGAGCACCUCCCCCCCAGCAGAAUACUAAGGAAGCCCAGCUGCUCUUUGUUGUCUGUGGGGAGCAUAGCUGUGUGCUGCCUCUGCUGCCUUACACCUCAAUCCUGAGGAACUUGGCAGUGGAUGAAGAAUGUCCACUUCUUCCUAUGUCAUCCCAUCCCAUCCUGCCCAAGCUGACAGACAUGGCAGGGCCUUGUACAGAGUCUGAAAAAACUGCCAUGAAAAACAAAAUAGACUGUCCUCCUGUUCCUCAAGAAGUGCUUAUAACACUGAAGGUCCAUGUAAGCGAUGCCACCACACAUCAGCCAGUAACCGAAGCCUUCAUUGAGAUUUUUACCAACCAGAUCUCCAUUGCAUCUGGAACCUCAGGAGCAGAUGGCACUGCCUUCCUCAAGUUUCAGUAUAAGUUGGGCAAUCAGCUGAUAGUGACUGCUAGUAAACAUGCAUAUGUGCCAAAUUCUGCACCAUGGAAACCUGUAAGAUUGCCUGUGUUCUCUUCACUGAGUCUCGGCCUUCUUCCUGAACGUUCAGCUACUCUAAUGGUCUAUGAUGAUGUAGUCCAGAUAGUCUCAGGAUUUCAAGGUGCACGGACUCAGCCACAAGUUCACUUUCAGAGAAGAUCUGUGAAAUUACCAGAGAACACUAGCUACAGUGAUUUGACAGCAUAUCUGACUGCAGCCAGUUCACCCUGGGAAGUGGACAGUUUUCCUUAUUUGCAGGGAUUAGAUGGAAAUGGAACAGGAAACAGCACUAGGUAUGACCUCACCCCCGUCACUGCAGUCAGUGUUCAUCUCCUCAACAGCGAUGGGACUCCAAUCGCCGUGAAUGGCCCCAUCUAUGUAACAGUGCCUCUGCCAACAAACAGCAACUUGAAGCACAAUGCACACGUUCCAGCAUGGAGGUUUGACCAAAAAUUUGGGACAUGGCUGAAGAGUAGUUUGGGCCUUGUACAACAAGAAGGAAAUCAGUUGACUUGGACUUAUAUUGCACCUCAGCUGGGCUACUGGGUUGCAGCUAUGUCACCUACUAUCCCAGGUCCCGUUGUAACACAUGACAUUACCAGCUAUCACACAAUGUUUCUUUUGGCAAUUUUGGGAGGGAUGGCUCUCAUACUUCUAGUCUUGCUGUGUCUGCUUUUGUAUUAUUGCAGAAGAAAAUGUUUAAGACCACGUCAGCAUCAUAAGAAAUUGCAACUUUCCACAGCACUGGACACUUCUAAGAAGGAUCAAGCAACCUCUAUGUCCCAUAUAAAUUUAAUAUUUUCACGUCGCGAGUCAGAAUUUCCUGGUGGUCUGUCCGUUGCAAGCAAUGGACAGCCUGAAAACUCAGGUGCAAAAGAAUUAAUCAGCGCUGUCCACAUGGAGAUGGUGUCACCUAGUGGAGAAGCAGAUAUGCAUACACCUAUGCUCAAACACUCAUUCAGUACUUCCCAGGAGUUUAGCUCCCGAGAGGAACUGCUCUCUGACAAGGAGAAAGACAAGAGCAGAAUUUCCUUGGAUGACCUGACUCCCAGCGGGUCUCUAAGAAAAGACUACCACAAAUCAGCAGAUAGUUUUCCUUUAAAGCCAAGAACAUCUACAGAAGCAGCUGAAGGCUAUGAGUCCCCUAUCAAAGAUGAGUAUAGGAGAAGUUACAAUGCUAUGCUGUCUCAGCCUUUAUUUGAAAAGCAAGAGAGAGAAAUUCAAGUAUCUAUGAACCAUAUUGCUACUGGAAGUAAAUACAAUAUUCAGGAACAAAUAUACCCCACACCUUCAGCCCCUGAAAAAGAGCUGCUGGACUGCAGACCUACUGAUUGUAUGAUGUCUCGUUCAGUUGAUCACCUUGAAAGACCUACAUCCUUCCCUCGACCAGGCCAGUUAAUCUGCUGCAAUUCUGUUGACCAAGUCAAUGACAGUGUUUACAGAAAAGUUUUGCCUGCUUUGGUCAUCCCAGGUCAUUACAUGAAAUUGCCAGGAGAACACCCUUUUGUUAGCCAGCCACUGGUUGUCCCAGCUGACCAGCAGAUUGAUAUAGAAAGACUUCAAGCUGAGCUCCCUAACCCUCAUGCACGGCUUUUUCCACACCCCCCACAACAGCUGCAACCCCAACAGUUAGCAUCCCAAGCAAUAUCUCAGCAACAUUUGCAAGAUGCAGGUGCAGCUGAGUGGAGUCAACAAAACGCUUCCAUGUCUGAAUCUAUUUCCAUUCCUGCCUCACUUAAUGAUGCGUCCUUGGCUCAAAUGAAUAGUGAAGUGCAGCUUCUUACAGAAAAGGCUUUGAUGGAAUUAGGAGGUGGAAAGCCAUUGCCUCAUCCUCGAGCAUGGUUUGUUUCUCUAGAUGGACGUUCAAAUGCUCAUGUUAGACAUUCAUACAUCGAUCUCCAAAGAGCUGGUAGGAAUGGGAGUAAUGAUGCCAGUUUGGACUCUGGUGUUGACAUGAAUGAACCAAAAUCUGCCCGAAAGGGAAGAGGAGAUCAUCUGUCUGCACCACAGAGUCACCCACCAGUGCAGGAGCACCAGCAGAGAGAGCGGAAGGUUUCCGAUAGCACAGCUUACACACAACUUGUGUACUUGGAUGAUAUGGACCAAAGUGGCAGCGAGUGUGGAACAGCAGUUUGUAGCCCUGAGGACAAUGCUCUACGAUGCCUACUAGAAGGCACUAGUAAGAGAAGUGGCGUGCAGCUGCCCAGCCUGCAGGAGGAAACAAGAACUGUGGAUACCAAACCAGAGCCAUUAACUAGUCCUGAACACAGAACAUCAGUUCAAGAUGAUGAGGAGGAUGAGGAAGAUGACCAAGGUGAAGAUAAGAAGAGUCCUUGGCAGAAACGAGAGGAAAGACCACUAAUGACUUUCAAUCUAAAGUGAGCUAUUGUGAAAAUCCACCAUUCAGUGGAGUAUAAAAUUGCCAAAUAUUCUUUCUGUGGAAGUGCUUGAUUUUUUUUCUUUUUUUUUUUUGUUGUUGAGAGAAAAGAGAAAAACAAACUGUAGUGAGCAACAUUUGAAAGAACUUAAAAGCAUUACUGUGUAAAUGUUAGAAAAGAAUUAAAAUCAUUCCUCUGAUUUAACAGCUGCCUCCAGUGAGAUAGCUGUACAAAGAGUGUGAUUGUUAUUCCAUAUACUUGAUAUUGGUCAUCCAGGAUGUUGAAAAUACUGACAAAUUGUUUUGGUUGGUUUAUGACCUCAAUCUCCUUAUGAAUGGGAGCUGGUAAAGCUUUUGUUUUGUAGGCCAAUUUUAUGUUGAUAAUGCUACUGAAAGUAUCUUAAAAACAAGCGUUUGACACUUGGUGUCCAAAAUUGUGCAUUAUCUCAAUGAAAGGCUAUGCAUUGCUGCUUUUAGUAAUAUUUUGCUUAUACUAUGCUUUUCUUAAUUUUACGAGUUGGUUGUAAACAUUUUAUGUCUUUUAUUAUAAACUACUCAGCAAUUUAUUUUAAUGUAAAACUGCAGGAAACUUGAGUAGCAUCCCUUAGCAUUGAAGCCUUUUUUACAGUAACAAUGAACAGACCCUUCUUUUGCUAACUCCUUUUAAUUAACCCCAUUUGGGAUUUUAUAAACUUCUGAACUUCUACCUUUUAUUUUAAGCUGCAUGCCAAGAGUCCCAUUUUGUGCUGAGCAUUUCUCAUUUCAGUACAGUGUAUUCUG